GCCGCUAUGGACUCGUUAGCAGCACCCCAGGACCGCCUGGUAGAGCAGCUGCUGUCGCCUCGGACCCAGGCCCAGCGGCGGCUCAAGGACAUCGACAAGCAGUACGUGGGCUUUGCCACACUGCCCAACCAGGUGCACCGCAAGUCGGUGAAGAAGGGCUUUGACUUCACACUUAUGGUGGCUGGUGAGUCGGGCCUGGGGAAGUCCACGCUGGUCCACAGCCUCUUCCUGACCGACUUGUACAAGGAUCGGAAGCUGCUCAGUGCAGAGGAGCGCAUCAACCAGACGGUGGAGAUCCUCAAGCACACAGUGGACAUCGAGGAGAAGGGUGUCAAGCUGAAGCUCACCAUCGUGGACACGCCGGGCUUCGGGGACGCUGUGAACAACUCUGAGUGCUGGAAGCCCAUCACCGACUAUGUGGACCAGCAGUUUGAGCAGUAUUUCCGGGACGAGAGUGGACUCAACCGCAAGAACAUUCAGGACAACAGGGUGCAUUGCUGCCUGUAUUUCAUCUCCCCCUUUGGGCACGGGCUGCGGCCAGUGGAUGUGGGUUUCAUGAAGGCCUUGCACGAGAAGGUGAACAUCGUGCCUCUCAUCGCCAAAGCUGACUGUCUUGUCCCCAGUGAGAUCCGGAAGCUGAAGGAACGGAUCCGAGAGGAGAUUGACAAGUUCGGGAUCCACGUGUACCAGUUCCCCGAGUGUGACUCUGACGAGGAUGAGGACUUCAAGCAGCAGGACCGGGAACUGAAGGAGAGCGCACCCUUCGCGGUUAUAGGCAGCAACACGGUGGUGGAGGCCAAGGGGCAACGGGUCCGGGGGCGACUGUACCCCUGGGGGAUCGUGGAGGUGGAGAACCAGGCGCACUGCGACUUUGUGAAGCUGCGUAACAUGCUCAUCCGCACGCACAUGCACGAUCUCAAGGAUGUGACGUGCGACGUGCACUACGAGAACUACCGCGCGCACUGCAUCCAGCAGAUGACCAGCAAGCUGACCCAGGACAGCCGCAUGGAUAGCCCCAUCCCCAUCCUGCCACUGCCCACCCCGGACGCGGAAACCGAGAAGCUCAUCAGGAUGAAGGAUGAGGAGCUGAGGCGCAUGCAGGAGAUGCUGCAGAAAAUGAAGCAGAAAAUGCAGGACCAGUGACCCCGUCCCGCCCACGUCGCCACGGAUCCGCCAGCGUCUCCGGGAUGGCCCCUCCCGCCCCUGGAGCCUGGACUCGACCCUGGUUUCACCUGGUUCUUGGACUAGCCUGGACCCAACCCUAACCUACAGUGGCCCAGAUCGGACUGUCCCCAACCUGGAGACACGGGCACAGCCUCCGCUGACCCUAAUUUAUUCUCAGCACCACCCCCUCCCACGUCAUUUGUAUCUGCUUCCGAGGGGCCUGGACAGUGACACCCCCCAGUUGCCCCCCACCUUGGAGGAUCAGGAGCUAAGAUGGUUUGCGACUUCUGAGAUUUCCCCUCCCCCUCCUGGAAGGUCAGCGCACCCAGGCAGGCGGGCAAACCCAGGCGGAAGAGAGGAAUGGAUCCCCAGGGUCCCGCAGAGCGGACUGGGGAACCCUCCUAGGUUUGCUUCCGCGGGCCACCCAGCAUAUGCUGGAACCCCACUUUGUGCAGAGGUGGGCCAGGUCCUCCCUAAUCUCCUCACUCACGCACCGCAACCCCAGCGGGCGGGGCUGGACGGUUGCAGCAAAUAGGAACCCUCCCGGGGCUGGAGACUGCUGCGGGGAGGGUGGCGGGACACCCGUGCGGGUCCUUGCCUCUUCUCCACAGAUCCGGCUGGACCUGGACGGCUCCAGGGGCAGCGGGAUGUGUGCCAUCCCCUGGCAAUUCCCUGUGCUGGGAGGGCCGUGCCCUGCCCGCAGCUGGAGGUCUCCUCCCCAGCAGCACUGCCGCUCAGGCCUCCAGCACUGGGCCUCCCGGAUUCCCCCCUUCACCCCGCAUGACCCCUCUCCUCCACAUUAUGCUCCGUUUUGUUUGAUUGUGAACGCUGCGUCCUGUCCUGGUGACAGAACAAUGUUGUUGAACGUC